AUGCACACGUUCAGCCAGACCCUGGUGGCUCUGCUGAGUCUCCAGGUGCUGCUCUUCUCUCUUGUCUGGGCGGCACCCGCACCGUCCAUUGCCAGCGAAACAUCAUGGGAAAUACUCGACGAGGAAUUCGAUGAUCCAGACUCAUCGACCACGUUAUACAGUCGAGCAGAUACAGCGUCGUUCGAAUCAGCCGAUCUUUCCCUCUACGACCGAGACUCCGACGACGACAGUAUCGAGAACGCGGCCGAGCUCGAGCCCCGAACCAAACCUGACGAUAAGAUACCACCCAAAGCACCCAUCUAUUCAACCUGGAAGGUGUGGCAAGCCUGGCAUGAAUACUACAAGCGCCGGAAUCAAAACCCACCGGAGCGGAGAGUCCCGCGAGGAGUUCCCAGGGGAUCUCUGAAGAGCAGUAUGUUCAAGAAAAACAAGCCGCCACUAUGGGAAUGGACGGAUGGGUGUGGCAACAAGCAGACCAUGGUACUCGGCAAAACAUUAGGCACUGGUCAUUUUGGCACUGUCUACGAAGGCACAUUAUCCGACGGCAGCAAAGUGGCCGCGAAACAGGUGUCGACAAACGCGGGCGACAUGAUUUCUGGCGCGCAGGUCGAGCAGGUCAUCAGGAGCAACAACGUGGUCCAAGUGGUGGACUAUUUCCAGCGCAAGGACGGAAAGGGCGCGUUUCUGCUGAUGCCCAUGGUCAGGGGCGGCGACUUGUUCGACAAAGUCAAGAAGUGGGAUGCGGCUACACGAGACAAUGCCUUCAAGCAAAUCCUGAAUGGGGUGAAGGCCAUCCAUAACCCGGAGGCCUUUCCUGCCGCGAACGCCAUUCAUCGGGAUCUGAAGUUGGAGAAUGUCAUGAUCGACGGCAACACGAUGAAAAUCGCGGAUUUCGACCAGGCCGAGCUAACCGCCGUCGAUGGAAAGCUGGAUCGCUUCAACGUGGGCACGCCGGGCUAUGUUGCUCCCGAAAUCUUAUACGGGAAACCAUACGGCAAAGAAGUCGAUAUUUUUUCGUUGGGUGUCAUGCUGAUGGAGAUGUGGGAGCCCUGGAGCUCCCAGGACAAGCGCUAUAAAAUCUGGAUGGCGUUGGGCGCUAAACGCGACGACGAUCACGUUGGCGUGGAUCGAACCGAAGUGAAAAAUAUCCUGAAGAAAAUUGGCAAAUUCACCAACAUCGACGGCGAGGUGCUGAACGAUGACCAGCUGGACUUGCUGUCCCGUGUUCUGUGCGGGCCCGAUCGUCGCAUUGACAUUGAUGAGUUUAUAUCGCGUUUCGCGGCGAUCUCGAGAGGAUGA